AUGAAAGUACCUCCUGAACAGAAAGUUACUACUUUAUUUAGCCUGCAGUGGGAUGGUUCAGGCAUAACUGUGACACCUGAUGAAGAACAAAACUUGAACCAUUAUGUACACGUUUUAGAGAACCUAAUGCUUCGUGUUCCCACUAGGGAGCCAGGCCGUGAGAAAAAAGUCAAGUCUUCAAAAAAUGCUUAUUCUACAGAAUCAAACACUAAGGAGAUAAGUAUACAACAAACAAGUUCAUUUGAGAAUGAUGUUAUAAUCACUCCUAUCAGUGAAGGAAAAACAACUUUGCCUACUACUGGCUUCACAGUUGAAGUAGGGAGGAAAACAAGCACUCAACGUACACCAUUCUGGUCGAUAAAACCGAAUAAUGUUUCUAUUGUUUUACAUGCAGACCAACCUUAUAUUGAGCAUGAGCCAGAGCCAGAGGCAGAGGCAGAGCUCGAGCCAGAGCCAGAGCCAACUAAGAGGAAGACACAAACUGAGGCACCAGAAGUCACCUCACUCCAUACAUCCUCUACUUAUUAUUAUUCUACCGAUUCAGAAGAUGUUCCUCAGCUCUCAGGCGAAGGUGAAAUAGAAACACUCCCACAGACUGUGAAUAUUGAUGAAAUUUUGAGAAAAAUUUUAAAUAUUCACUUACUGGUGCAAAAUUCACUUCCUCGUGAUAAUAGCAAUCCAGCAUAUAGAGAAGACAUCAAAGCCGCCAAGGAGCACCUAAAACGAAGCCUUGCUCUUGCAAUGGCAGCGGAACAUAAAUUACAGACAAUGUACAGAUCCCAGUUAUUUGCACAAGGACAAACUGGUGAUGACAUUGAAACUGUUAUUAAAAUGCUGUAUAAUUCUAGAUAUAACCUAUAUGAAUAUUUAGAUCUCAGAUACGUUCCAUCAGAGUUGAAAGAAAGAGCUUCUGUAGUAUUCACUAAAAUGAAAAAAAUAUUAUGUACAGGUCAAGCGGAAACUGCAAAUCUUAUUAGGAGGUUAUUAAGGAAUAAUAUAAAAAUUUUAAAUCUACUUGACAUACCAUGGAAAAGUUCAUUUAAACAAACUGCAUACAUGCACAAGGAAAAAUAA